GAGACAGGUGUGGAGGUGACGUAGGGCCUCUCUGGAGGCCGUGGCCCUCCUGGGCCGGAUGGAAUCAGGACUCUUGGGGGCGGUAGCCAUGUCCUGUUGGGAGACGCACACUCGUGGCCCAGGACGGUCCUGGGGAGACUGGCCAUCCCGGGGGAGCAUUUUGUGUGAAAUCAAACCAAAAAGGUGUUGGCCAGGGUGGGAGAGUCAGAAGAGAGACCCCUGGGUCUGAUUUGUGUUUCUGCACCAGCACAAACACCAGCACCAACACCAGCACGAACACCAGCACGGCCGUCACGUACUACAGCCAAGACCAGGACAACCACGACAAACAGGACAGCCACAGCCACAGCCCAAAUUACAACCCUGUCCACAGUGAAAAUGACAGUGAAAGCCACCCAUGGACCCAAUGGCCAGGAGAACUCUCCGCAGAGCCAAGGGCUGCCCGUGCUGCUCUCCUUGCUGGGGCUCCUGCUCUUUCUCCUGGUGGGGGCCUCGCUGCUGGCCUGGUGGAUGGUUCGGCGGCGGAUCAAAGCUGAUAAGAAUCCAGAGCCACUCCAGAACCCCAACGAGGCCACCCAGCAGAGCGAGCCCUGCUACGCCAACUUGGAGCUGCAGACCUGGGCCCUUCUGGAGGAGCCUGAGCGGCCGGUGCAGGUGGAGGUGGAGUACAGCACCGUGAAAGCCCCCCAGGAAGACCCCCAGUACGCCACAGUGAUGUUCAGCUCCCGCAAUCAGGAUGAUGAGGACGGCAGGGCGCCCUCCCAGAGGCCUCCGCAGCCGGAGCCGGAGUACAGCGAGAUCAGGAAGACCAAAGCCUGACUCCGCCCCGGCACCUGGAGUCUCGGUGGGCGGCAGGGAGCCCAGGCCCCGCCCCCAGGCUGCUCCCCUCCGCGGUGACCGGCAAGGCAGCUAGCUGGGCUCCUGCGGGCUGUCCCUCUCGCACUGGGGACCUGCGGGACGCCCUGCCAUCCUGCCGGCUGUUGUCCCGUCUUCCCUCUGUCUCCCCGCAUCGUCGCAGCCAUGUGUGAGACGGAAGCCCCGUCCCGUGGGAGUCCCGGAGAACAUGUGGCUCCCGUGGGGGGUCUGGGCUUGCCGGGGAGUGAGAGCACUGACGGAGAGCCAGGAGGUCGCCCGGCACUGAGAUGGGGACCCCCCGCCUGCAAGACGGGGAGACGGUGGCCGAGCAAGGGCUUGUCCGUGGCUCCAGGACCAGCAGCGGGCAGCGUCCUCGGGCCCCCUGGACUCUUACAUAGGUUUAUUUUUCAUACAAGAGACAUCAACAACGUUUAAAAUGCCUUAGGCGGUGGUAGGUAACAGGAACCUAAUCAACAAAACAAACAAACACGUAAAA